AUGGAUGAUGCGCCCGCAAGUGAUCAAUUGAAACAGAAGAAGAAGAAGGAGAAGCCCAGUAAGAACCGCCAAACAGAAAUCAACAUGUCGAAGCUCUCGCCGUCGCUCAAGGCCCUCAUCAACGCGCCCUUUGCGCGUCCCGGCCAGGCCGCCGCGCCGUCGCACAUUGGCCAAGUCUACCAGUCCAUCGCCCGCGAUGCCGCCUCCAAGAAGGUCGGCGCAAAGCCAUGGCUUGCCAUCUCGGCCGCCGCGACCUUCACCCUCAACUCCCCCGAGUCCCUCGAGUCCCUCUACAGCGUCGCCUCCUCAUCCCCCUCCGGCCGUCCCGACAAGCGCGAGACGGCCGAGUUCAUCCGCGAGAUCGGCCUCAAGUGCAUCAGCUUCAACGGCAUCCCGCGCACCAUCAACUGCCUCAACGCUUUCUACGCCGCCCUCCCCUCGGACGUGACCGCCCAGCUCGAGACGAAGCCGACGCGCGCGCCGACCGCCCAGAACAUCGCCGAUGUCACCGCCCGCGGCCAGGCCCUCUGGGACUCCAUCUACGCCCCCUUCGAGGUUAAGCUGUACGAGAAGCUGGCCCAGUCGCACCCGGACCUGCCCGUCCACAUCCUCAACAGCCACUACGCCGGCCUGCUGUCUGAUCCCAAGGAGCGCGGCGGUCUGGCGAGCGUCGGGCGUGUGCUGACGUCCAUCGUCGCCAUUUCGUGCCUGCGGGCGCAGACGGGCGUCGGCCCGCAGGUGCUGUCGCACGUCUUUGGGCUGAGAAAGGGGCUCGAGGACGGCACCUUCAAGGCGGAUAACCAGGAGGACAUCGAGGGCGCGCAGUGGCUUGCGAGCGACGAGGGCAGCGAGUGGAUUCUCAAGUCGGUCGACACCAUCACCGAGGCGAUUGGAGGGGCGUCGAGGUCCAACUUUGCGCCGGCGAGAGAGUCGAAGUUGUAG